GUCCGUAGCAGCAGUGGCUGCGGAGAUGUACGAACUUCCGGUUGUCCCGGCAGGCCGCCGCUGCCGCCGCCACCGAAGCCGCCGGUCGCAGUCUCAGCCACCCGCUCUCCGCCGGAGAGUAGGCUCUGCGGUUCCGGCGCGCCCAUGGUCGGCGCUGCGGACCGGGAGGCCGGCCCGGCGGCUGCGGCGUGCUGAAAGGCCGGCGUGGGGACCAUGCCGACCCCGCGCGGCUGCUCCGGGCCUUGUCACUUCCUGGCUCCGGCCUUCGUGCUGCUGUUGCUGCCCACGCUGAGCGGGUCCGGGACACUGCCGUCGACCGGAGCCAGGGAGGUGCAGGGGUACCAGCCUCUCGAGCCCGGGCCGCGUACGCUGUCGCCGCUGCCUCCGGGCCCCACCGCGGCCCAGCCGCGGGGCCAAGCUCAGGCUGAAGCCACCGGGCCGCGGGGCGCUGAGAGCCGAAAUGGCAGCAUCCCCGGGGCGGGGUCUGAAGCGGACGGCCUUGAAGGGAAGGCCGGAGAAGGCUCCCUGGGUGGCAGCCUGGCCGUGAGUCCCAGUCCUAGCGACAAGCCCAUGACCCAGCGGGCCCUGACCGUGUUGAUGGUAGUGAGCGCCGCGGUGCUGGUGUACUUCGUGGUCAGGACCGUCAGGAUGAGAAGAAGAAACCGCAAAACUAGGAGAUACGGUGUUUUGGAUACUAACAUAGAGAACAUGGAGUUGACACCUUUAGAACAAGAUGAUGAGGAUGAUGACAACACACUGUUUGAUGCCAAUCAUCCUAGAAGAUGAGUAUGUGCCUUUAAUGUGAAGACUUCAUAUUUCUACUGAAGAACAGAAUUUCUAUGUCUAAGGAAUAAGAAGCCACUCUAUCAAGGGGAGGGAAAUUUAAUUUAUAUACAUUAUGUCAACCUUUAAUUUGUUGUUACUCAAUAAAUAUUGUAUCAUUUUGUUACAACUUUAUAUAUUUGCAACUGCUGUAUUUAUUAGUGGGCUCCAUGUCGUUAGGGACAAAUUAUACUACACUGGCUUUUCUGUUUGAAAAUUAUUUUAAAAAUGGUUUCUGCAGAGCUUUUUUGCUUCCUUUUACCAUAUUAUUGUAACUUUGUUUUCUUAAUCAACUGUUGUUGCUUUCUUUUUUGUCAGUGUCAUAAUUUAAAGAACUAUAAGCCACAACCAACUGGUAUGAAUAAAUAAAAUUCUACUAAAACUUUUCCCAUUUUUAUGGGGAAAAAGCCAAAUCUA